AUGCUCGACCCCGGCAUGGCGUUCGGCACAGGGCAUCACCCUACGACAAGCAUGUGCCUCAAGCAGCUUGAUGCGCUCGUAACACCGGGCAUUGAUGUACUGGAUGUGGGCUGCGGUUCCGGCGUGCUAUCUAUUGCGGCGGCGCGGCUUGGCGCGAGACAUGUCUUCGGGCUGGAGAUAGACUCGGUAGCGGUGAAUGUCGCCAAGCAGAACGUGCGCGAGAACAGCGUGGAACACACGGUUCGUGUGGCACAGGGCACGCUGCCGCAUCCCGACGCGAAGCAAUCCGCCUACGGAAUCGCGGUUGCAAAUAUCUCCGCGAAAGUGGUGUCCGAGAUUUCCCCUUAUCUGGUCAGCGCUGUUCAGAACGGCGGCAAAGUCAUAGCAUCGGGUAUUCUGCUGGAGAACAAGGAUAUCGUUUCGCAGGCGCUUAUUGAGGCUGGCGCUGACCUAGAGGAAACACUAGUUGACGGCGACUGGGUUACGCUGGUCGCAGGUGUCAAGAGGUGA